AUAAUAAGAACGAUUCAUGACUACUGGCUGUGCACGCGUGUGACGUCAGGGCGCGAUGACGCGUUUCGUUGGCAUGCCGGCAUACCGGUGAAAUGCGUCAUCACGCCCUGUUGUCACACGUAUGGACACAUGCAACGUUCGUCACACCCUCCAGAAGUAUUGGAGUCCAACUACCUGUUUCCCACAGCC